AUGGCUAAGUACAUCCAAGCCUUGAAAGCUUUUCCCGUGGAGCUAUUCCGCGUGAACAAUGGACGCAUGAUCAACCUUCGGCAAUAUACUGGCCAGAGAUCCUUCGAUAUAGUAACUGAUGGUGGGAUGGCAAAGGCAAAGUCACUCCAUCCCACGACUUACGAAGGCAAGCUUUCCCCUUUUCAAGUCGAGUAUUCUGAGCUGACGUCGAAUACAGCUCCAAACGGCGCCUCCAUGCGACCGAACACCCAAUUCCAGCGCAACCUUAUCGGUGACUAUAAGGGCUCACAAGUUGUGGUCUAUUCGAUUCCAGCUGGAACCCAACUGCCUGAUGACCUUGUUCUGAUUCACGAAUUUGGCGACCACUACUCACUCCAGGCAGCUCGAGAUAUGCCUCUCUCUGAGCUAAACCAGAAGAUCACUACCUUCUUGGAGGCUCAGGGAAAUGUGAGGUCGAAGGAAGGGUGGUUUCAAGCCUAUCCUCACGCUUCUGCUCCAAGCAGUUCCAACAAUGCACAGGCUUCUGCAACUUCUUCUAGUUCUACAGCAGCUAGCACUUCGUCUCCUUGGGAAUGGGACGAAAAUUACCGAAAGUACAGACGCUGGGACGGAAAUCAAUGGAUUUGGCAUGAGUAGGCGUGCAUAUGGGCCCAGGGGCUAGGUCGAAUUCUUCUCUUAAGGCUUGAGGGAAUUGAAUGAUUCAACAUCAUUUGGCCACAAGUCUGUCCAGUACUGCGAUGUGGGUUCCCUUUGUUUCACACUAUUGU